AUUUGCCUUCCCUGCAAAACGCAUAAUUCCGCCUUCAUUCCCUUGGUCUCAUAUCUCAAUACACCAACACAAUGGCUCUCUUCGGUUCCGGCUCCAACAAUGCUGCUCCCAACCAGCAGGAGGUCAAGACUGCCAUCAUCAAGCAGCUCCAGCAAGAGGCUGCCAUGGCCAAUGCUCGAAAUCUGAUCGGAAAAGUGAAUGAGCACUGCUUCGACGCCUGCAUUCCCGCCCCCGGCUCCUCCAUCACACCCAAGGAAGAGACCUGCCUCUCUCAGUGCAUGGAGAAGUACAUCUCCUUCUGGAACACCGCCAGCCGUACCUACGUCUCUCGUGUCUCCCGCGAAAGCAAGCGUCUCGGCGGUGCUGAGAACCUCGCCAUGAUGGCUACUCCCACCGACACCAGCCUGUAAAUUAGCGUUGGGGUUUAUAGGCAAUUGGAAGUAUUCUAUAGAUGGUAAUCGGAAGCGCGAUCGGUUUCUCAAAUUUCUUAUGGACGUCAGCGUGGGCCUCCUGCAAACUUUUUUUUAUCGCCUUUUUUCUCCUUUCAUAACUUGGGGGAUGUAUAGUUGGAAUGGUGUACGAUAACGGCGCGCGCUUUGCGGUAGAUUGGGUGUCCCCUAUCGGGCGGGUUGGAAGGCAACGGCAACGGAUCUGUGGUGGCAGACAGGGGUCCACAGACAGCGUGUCUUGAAGCAUACUAAGAGAUGCGGUAUUCACAGGUUCAUAGCCUACUUUUAUUGCAUUUGAAAGAUAUGUACAUUAUACAGGUCUCCAAAAAGAGAAAUGAAUGAAGCAACCAAGUAGCA